CCAGAUCCAGUCAUUUACAUGGACCUUUCAGGCCUCAGUAGAAGUGUGCUUGUUUUCUUUAGGAGUUAUUUCAGCACUGGGAGCUGUCCGUGGGUUCGACUUGCUUCUCGGCUUUCUCUUAACGGAUUUGAACUCUUUUUCACUCCUCUGGUUUUGUUGUGAAACCCCUGAACCCUCUCUCACCAUGCUCCCAGCUCAGGAGGCAGCAAAAAUUUACCACACCAACUAUGUGCGGAACGCUCGUGCUGUGGGUGCCAUGUGGACGGUGUUCACCAUCACCUUUGCCGUCAUCACUGUGGUGGUCUUCAUCCAGCCCUACUGGAUUGGAGACAGCGUCCACACGCCUCAAGCCGGCUACUUUGGCCUCUUCCACUACUGUAUUGGGAAUGCGCUGACCUCGGAGCUCACAUGCAAAGGGAGUGCGCUGGACUUCGGCUCCAUCCCGUCCGGAGCCUUCAAAACAGCCAUGUUCUUUGUGGGGAUCUCCAUGUUGCUGAUUGUGGCCAGCAUUGUCAGCUUCAGCCUCUUCUUCUUCUGCAACACGGGCAGUGUUUACAAGAUCUGCGCCUGGAUGCAACUGGCCUCCAGUACAUGCAUGGUUAUCGGCUGCAUGAUCUAUCCCGACGGCUGGGACUCAGAUGAGGUGAAGCGGAUGUGCGGCCAGCGGACGGACAAGUACACUCUGGGUAACUGCACGGUGCGCUGGGCCUACAUCCUGGCCAUCAUUAGCAUCAUGGACUCGCUCGUCCUCUCCUUCCUGGCCUUCAGCCUGGGCAACCGGCAGGACAAGCUGCUGCCCGAGGACUUCCAGGUGGAGGAGAAAGGUACGAGGGGGAGGUAACUGGAGGAUGUGAUGGUUAGACGGGGCAAAUAUGCAGGAUUGGGUUUUUAUUUGUGCAGAAUUAGACCCCUUCAGUAAUUUAUUAUGUCUCCUAUGAACAGAUAAGGCCUGAUGGGUGAGAGUCACUAAAGUGACACACAGAGGCUCUCUGGGACAGACAACACAGCUCUGAAGGUUUCAUCAGCUCCAGCUAUUUCUGCCUCUUCUACAAUCACGCAAACUCAUUUAAAAUCAGUACAAUAAAUACAUUUUUAUUUCUAAAAGAAACCAUGAAAUUGUUAAAUAAAAAUUGAAUUAAAUUUAAAUACGAAAUACAGUAUAUGUUUUCUGUGUGUAAUGUUGCUUCAUUAACAGUGCUAUUUUUCAAAUUUACU